AUGUCUGAUCAACCGAAUGAUCAAUUACCGAAAAAUGAAGACCGAAAGGGAAGACUAGCUAAAUUGUUUGCUACAGAUAUUUUACCCCAAUCGAACAACUGGGAAGACACGGAAACUUUUCUCGGCGAAGUCGUCAAAGUGUUACUCAAAUACAUCUGCGAGGAGAAUCAACGCGAAACAAAGAUCCUCGAAUUCCAUCAUCCAACCGAAAUGAAGAAAAUCAUCGAUUUGACAAUCCCUGACGAGCCUCAACCACUUGAAGAGCUUGUCAAGGCUUGUGAACAAGUUUUAUCACUCGGAGUCAGAACUGGACAUCCACGCUUCUUUAAUCAAAUCAGUUGUGGUCUUGAUCUCGUUUCAAUGGCUGGUGAAUGGCUGACCGCUACAGCGAAUACAAACAUGUUCACUUACGAGAUUGCACCUGUGUACAUUUUGAUGGAGAAAGAAGUGUUACGCAAAAUGUGGGAGGCGAUUGGAUGGGAUCCCGAAAAAUCCGAUGGGAUUUUUUGCUCCAGG